AUGGACGCAACGGAGUUAAAGAAUAAAGGUAACCAGGAGUUCUCCUCCGGCCGAUACAGGGAAGCUGCUGAAUUUUUCAGCCAGGCCAUCAACUUGGACCCGUCUAAUCACGUUCUGUACAGCAACCGUUCCGCAUGCUUUGCUUCCCUUCAUCAGUAUGCACAGGCUUUGAGUGACGCCGAAAAAUGUGUUUCCCUGAAGCCUGAUUGGGUUAAGGGUUACGUAAGACACGGUGCUGCGCUUCAUGGGCUUCGACGGUAUGAUGAGGCAGCUGCGGUGUAUAAAAAGGGUUUGACAGUUGACCCAUCGAGCACUGCAUGCAGUGAAGGCAUUGCUUCUGUGGAGAAGGACAAGGCUGCCUCCGCGAUGCAAAACCCCUUUGCAAAAUUAUUCACUCCGGAGGCCGUGAAAAAAAUUCAGUCUCAUCGCAAACUAUCGCUCUUCAUGAUGCAACCCGACUACGUACGGAUGAUCGAUGAGGUUAUAAAAGAUCCUUCUAACAUCCAACGGUAUCUUGAAGAUCAGCGGUUCAUGAUGACUUGUUUGGUACUUAGCGGGAUGAAUAUUCCUGUAGAUGAUGAUGAUGAGGAAGAGGAACGGCCGAAGCCAGAGGCACCUAAGAAAAACGAGGAACCCAAAAAGGCAGCUGCUGUGGAGCUAUCUGCAGAAGCUAAGGAAGCACUUCGGGCUAAGGAAGAGGGGAAUGCAUUGUACAAGCAGCGGAAAUUCGAUGAGGCCCUGGCAAAGUACGAUGAGGCAUCUUCCCUGGACCCCACAAACACCGUUUAUCUUCUCAACAUCACCGCUGUCUUCUACGAGAAAGGAGAGUAUGAGCUGUGCAUGGAGAAGUGUGAGAAUGCGUUGGAGCACGGUCGUGAGAACAAGUGUGACUAUACGGUGAUUGCCAAACUUAUGACGCGGCAGGCGUUGUGCCUCCAGAAACUCAAGCGCUUUGAUGAGGCUAUCGCACUAUUUAAGAAAGCUCUGGUAGAACACCGCAACCCGGAUACGCUUGCCAAACUGAAUGCUUGUGAGAAGGAGAAAGCAAAAUUUGAAGCAGAUGCGUACAUUGAUCCAGCGAUAGCUCAAGAGAAGAAAGAUGAGGGCAACUCUCUCUUUAAGCAGGACAAAUUUCCUGAAGCGGUUGCAGCUUACACUGAAUCCAUCAAACGCAAUCCAAUGGAGCAUACAACCUACAGCAAUCGUGCCGCCGCGUAUCUUAAGCUCGGUGCGUAUAACGAAGCCCUUGCAGACGCUGAAAAAUGCAUUGAGAUUAAACCUGAUUUUGUCAAGGCGCACGCCCGGCGUGGCCAUGCAUUUUUCUGGACGAAACAAUACAAUAAGGCCAUGCAGGCAUACGAUGAGGGUCUCAAGUACGACAAAGAAAAUGCAGAGUGUAAAGAUGGUCGCAUGCGUACCAUGAUGAAGAUUCAAGAGAUGGCUUCUGGACAAUCAGAGGACGGUGAUGAGGUUGCGAAGCGUGCUAUGGCAGACCCUGAGGUGGCUGCCAUCAUGCAGGACAGCUACAUGCAGCUUGUACUGAAUGAGAUGCAGCGGGACCCUACACGCAUCAAAGACUACAUGAGGGAUCCAACUCUUGCAAAGAAGAUCAACACCCUCGUCUCGGCUGGGAUUAUCCGUUUCGGCCAGUAG